AUGGCCAAGCGCCUCUUUUCUACUUUACCGUCUUCUGGCAUAGGGGCCAUGGAGAUAUUCUCGUUCCGGGCUACAGCCCGCCACAAAGCCAGUCUUCGGCACUUUUCAUCCAAAUCAUGGAGAUAUCAAAAGGAUAAUAACCCCGACAACAACAGAGGCGGAUUCGGCUCCCGACUACGAUUCGCUCUACGAAACACCAAGGUCGAAUGGUAUCCAAUCCCGGUUGGACUGGGUAUUGGACUGCUCGGAUUGCUGCACUUCUACAAGUCCCAGCGCGCGGAACGCGAUCGCCUGGCCCGUGAUGCCGCUGGAGAUGAAUGGGAUGAAAGCAAAAAACCACCCCGUCGGCCAAGGAUCGUGCCGUCUGGCCCAUGGCAUGUCCAGAUAAUGUCUACACUGCCCCUGAAGGCCAUGUCUCGGCUCUGGGGUCAGUUCAACGAAAUCGAACUCCCCUAUUACUUCCGCGUUCCUGGAUUCAAACUAUACUCCUGGGCCUUUGGUGUCAACCUUGAAGAGGUUGCUGAACCCGAUCUGCACACUUACCCUAACUUGGCUGCUUUCUUCUACCGCAAAUUGAAGCCUGGCGUUCGGCCUCUAGACCCUGACCCACACGCACUUCUCGCGCCGUCCGAUGGUCGCAUCUUGCAAUUUGGAAUGAUUGAGCGGGGUGAAGUCGAACAAGUGAAAGGAAUGACCUAUAGCUUGGAUGCUCUCCUGGGUUCAGCAACACCUGCGCACGACGACCACACCAAGCGACUCGUUGACAAGGACACCGAGGAAAUACAAAAGGGUUCAGAGAAUAUGGCUGCACAUGAGGAGUUUGCUCGCAUGAACGGCAUUUCCUACACUCUUCCAAGCCUGUUGUCCGGUGAAACAGAAGCCCCCAAGCGACGUGCCUCCCUGGAUGCCUCUACUGCAUCCAAGGCCACAUCGGAAAUUCAAGUGCAAGAGGAACUGGCUCGCGGUGACGGAACUCCUUGGUAUGCGCCGCGCACCGCAGCCAACCACGCCUUGUUCUAUGUUGUGAUCUACCUGGCCCCGGGUGACUACCACCGCUUCCACUCCCCAGCUCCCUGGGUUGUCGAAAGCCGUCGCCACUUCGCUGGCGAGUUGUACUCCGUUUCGCCCUACCUGCAGAAGCACCUUCCCGGUCUUUUCACCCUCAAUGAGCGUGUUGCUCUCCUUGGCCGGUGGCGAUGGGGAUUCUUCAGUUACACACCGGUCGGAGCCACCAAUGUGGGCUCGAUCAAAAUCAACUUUGAUUCAGAGCUGCGCACUAACAGCCUGUUGACCGACACUGCAGCGGACUUGGCAGCAGCCUUGGCAUCCAAGCGUGGCGAGCAAUAUCCCGGUUUUGUUGAAGCAACCUACCGUCAUGCCAGCAGGACUCUUGGCGGACAUCCGCUGCAGCGCGGCGAGGAAAUGGGCGGAUUCCAGCUGGGCAGCUCGAUUGUUCUUGUGUUUGAGGCCCCCCUUGGUACUCGCAAGUCAGUGGAUGCCGGCUGGCCGGAUGAUGCUCAGGCUGAUGGGUGGAAGUGGAAUAUCGAAAAGGGGCAGCGCAUCAAGAUGGGCGAGAAGUUGGGACAUGUUGAGUGA